AUGGCAUAUUAAUCAUAAUGUAAUUCAUAAAUGAAUACUAAUCACUCUUUAAAAGCACCAGUUGAUUCUCUAUUAGGAAGAGUUGUAUGCAAAAAUUACCUAAUCGUUUCCAAAAUUAAUGAAGGAUCAUUUGGUAAGGUUUAUAAGGCCAUUCAUUAAAUUAAACAAGAUUAUUAUGCAGUCAAAAUUGAGGCUUAAGAACAUAGAUAAAAAAAGGGAGAGACUUUGAGAUUGGAAGCAGAAAUUCUCAAAAAACUUAAUGGUGAAAAAGGAAUACCUAGAUUAUACUAUUAUAUUGAAGAUUCAACUUAAAGAGUACUUGUUGAAACCUUAUUAGGUAUUUCAUAUAAUAUUAAAUAUUUUAGGUAAGAACCUUGAUGAAUUGUAUAGUUUAUGCAACCACAAAUUCUCUUUGAAAACUAUCUUACUCUUUAUGGAUUAAGCGAUUAGUCGAUUAGAAUAUCUUCAUUCUUAAGGGGUAAAUAAUUUAAUGAGAUAAAGUGCCCUAGUAUAUACACAGAGACAUUAAGCCAGAGAAUUUCAUGAUUGGAAUUCCUCCAAAUGAAAACCUCAUCUAUCUUAUUGACUUCGGACUCAAUGCUCCAAUUUAUGAUUCAUAAAAGAGACUGUUGCCAAAAUUAAAAGGUUAACCAUUAGUUGGAACUGCUCGCUUUACCCCUAUUUGUUCUCAUUAAGGAUAUAGUUAAAGCAGAGCAAGUGAUUUAGAGUCCUUAGGUUAUUUGGCAAUAUUUUUUUUAAAAGGUUCUCUACCUUGGAUGAAGGUUGAAGCCUAAACCAAAGAGGAGCGGUUUAAUUUGAUAGGAUAAAAGAAAAUGAGAGAAACUCCAAUGUCGUUGUGGUAACGAUUGUAAGUAAUUUAAUUUUAGUUAUGGAUUACCUCGUGAGUUUGAGGGGUAUUUCAAUUACAUUUUUAAUGUCUCUCAUGAUACUGAACCUUCUUAUAAUUAUUUAAGAAAGUUGUUGAAAGGAUUAAUGCAUAGAAUGUAAUAUAAUGAUAAUGUUUUUGAUUGGCAAGAGAUAAUAAAGAAGGAGGAAGAAAGUAAAAAAAGUUCGAAUAAAAAGAUAAAAUUAAAUGCUUAAACUUAAUAAUUCAAACCUAUUGAAUCUGAGGAUGAAUAAGAUAGUCCUAAAGUGGCUAUGAUGUAAUCUAAGGAUUCUAAGAAAAGCUCAUCAAAUUUUCUUAAAAGAAGUAUCACUGAUCAAUUGAAUUUCUAAAAACAAUAAAGUAUUAAUCAAAGAAAUAAUAUCGAACUCUUAAUUUCAUAAAAUGAAUUGCUUAAUCUUAGAUUAAAAUAGAAAUUAUUAUCAAAUAAUAAUAAUAAUAACACUUAAGAAGAACCUGAAAACUUUGGCUUCGGUAUUAUGAAUGAAUAUUAUCCAUAUCCUACAAUGCAGUAAUAAAUGGAUUAGCUGAUUACAAUUAUUACUAAAUUUAUUAUUAAUUAAUGAAAAAAUCUCCUCAACUUAAACUUUAGAUUAUUAAAAUGCGUCCUAUAGUAUGUAAUACUGAAUUAGCUUUCAUUAUUCCAACUAAUAAAGAAAAAAAAGUCUCCAUGAGUAUCGCAGUUAAAAUUUAAAUUAGAACGUAAAAUGAAAACUAGCGACGAAUAAAUUAAAAAUGCACGCUCAAGAUAUUAAGAACUAUUUUAUUAAUAGGAAGCCAACUUAGAAUAUUUGUAUGAUUAAUUAACAGAAAGAAUAGAAAAAUAUACUCUUCAAAAAUAAAAACAAUUAGCAAGCAAAGCAAAAUAUGCAUGUGAUUACAAUUUUAGAUGGAAAUAAAGACUCUAAGAACAAAAAUGGUUAGAUAUUUAUAUGAGUAGGUUUGUCAGCUGAA